GGGGCCGACGCCCUUCCCUAGGAAAAUGGGUGGAGGGAGAAUGAGCUGCUUGGAAGGACGGAUCAACGGGCGGGAGAGAUUCCCGGAUCCCAGGCCCCGUGACUGGAGAAGCGCUUAGGGACACCCGGGUCCGGGUGACAGGUGGCCCCGAGGGGAGGGUGGAGCGCGGCCAGCAGUGAGGCCUGGGACAGGAACGGGGAGCAGGGAGAGGGGGAGGGCCGCAGGGGGACCAGGGAGGGUGACCCCGGUGGCGGGGUGCUCAGGCCAGGAACCCCGCACCUGCCUCCCUGAGCUGCCUGGUGGGAUGGGAGAGCGCAGAGGACAGGAGGGAGGAGUUGACCUGGGCAUCACAGACCCCGCAGGGGGCUAAAACCUACUGGUCAGCGCAGACUGCCAGUACCUACCGCAAGUCUGGGAUGCAGUGGGCCCUUCCCCCGCCCUCCUUCACCCCAUGACCCCAGGAUCUCAUCCCAGCGCACCAGUCCCUUUCUGGAGAGACGGCCUUUCUCUGGGGCCCUGUGUCCUCCUAGUCCCAGUGUUGGCCUCCUCCCAUUCCAGCGACACCCUGGGCCUCCUCGGCAGGGCACCUUCUGCCCCCUGCAGCCGCUGGGCCUUCACAUCACCUGCUGCCAGAGGCCGAGCCAGCGCCCUGCCAGCGCCCGGCCUACUCCCCAUCACACAGCCCCUCCUCCCUGCUCCUUUAACCCCCCUUGCUCCACAGCACCCGGCUGCAUCAAGACCCUGCCCCCAUGGCCAGCCACAGAAAGCCUGGGGCUGGGGAGGCCCCGCCGGCGGAGGAAGGGGAGGAAGGGGCCUCUGCCAGGCUGCCAACGGAGGAGGUGCUGCAGCAGGCCCAAGAGCUCUUCUUGCUGUGCGACAAGGAGGCCAAGGGCUUCAUCACCAGGCUUGACCUGCAGGGCCUGCAAAGCGACCUGCCCCUCACCCCGGAGCAGCUGGAGGCUGUGUUUGAAAGCCUGGACCAGGCUCACACGGGCUUCCUCACGGCCCGGGAGUUCUGCCUGGGCCUGGGGAAGUUUGUGGGGGUGGAGCCGGCCACGCGCCCCUCUCCGACCCCCGAGGAAACGUUCGAGUGCGGCUGGCCGGAUGUGCGGGGCACCGCGGUCCCUCCGGAGGAGGAGGAUGCGGAGAGCGUCUGCCCCGCGCUGGAGCAGCUGGGGGUGGCCCGGGUCCUGGGCGAGCUGGAACAGGAGCUGCAGGCUCGCGCCGCGGAGCACCGGGAAGCGCAGGCCCAGCACGGCCAGCUGCUGCGGGCCUACCAGGCGCUGCGCACGCAGCUGGACGGGGCUCAGGAGCGGCUCCGCCGGCUGGAGGGCGACGCGCAGGGCCGCCUGGAGCAAACCCAAAGGGACGUGGUUGCUGUCUCUCGGAACAUGCAGAAAGAGAAACUGAGCCUCCUAAGGCAGCUGGAGCUGCUCAGGGAGCUGAACACGAGGCUGCGGGAUGAGAGGGAUGCGUGUGAGGCGGGGCUACUGGGAAGCAGCCCCAGGAAGGUCCUGGCCACAGCCGGAGCACCCGGGCCCUGCUGCUGCUGCUGCUGCUGCUGCUGCCGCCGUGGCUGGGCUGGGCCCCCCAGACGAGGCUCCGGCCACCUUCCCAGUGCCUGACCAUCAGGACACGCGACUCCCUGUGUGUUACCUGGAGGAGCUGCGUCUUGAAGGAGUUUCUGGGAUGGGCUCAUGCGCUCGGGUGCGCUCUACCUGGCUCCCUGCCUGAAGG